CCACUUACCCCAAAAACUCGUGGCGCAAUAGUCUAUGGUCAUAAUUGUGGACAAUCAAGUCGCACAAUAGCUAAACGGUUGGGGUGUGGGAAAUCAACUAUUAAUGAUAUUCUUAACCGCCUUCAUGAAACAUAUUCUUUAACUCCAAAAAAACAAAGUGGCCGUCCGCCACUUCUUAAUUCACCAGCUCAACAAGAACUGAAAGCCUUUGUUCAAGAAAAUGGUGAAAACCGUCGACUUUGUUCAAAAAAGCUUGCAACAGUUUGGACAGCAUAUACAAAACAGCCUAUUUCUGCU